GCUACGCCCGUUACGUACUUUGUUUUUCUGACGCCGGCAGCAGCGCGCACCCGUCUCCGACGUCGACGUAAGCCCUUUCUGAGAAUUCCCCUAGCGCCCGGCGGCGCGCACGGGCUAUUCCGAGACGCUGUUUACGUACGGUCCCCGCCGUGCGUCGUGUUCAUUUGGAGCCGUCUCCGCGGCGGCCGCCAUUUUGUGCAGUCGCUGGGAAGGAAGGAGACGCCUAGACCGAGGCCCUGCCUGGGUUGAGCGUACCCAAACCUACCCACCGUCUUUAUUACCCCGAUUCUCUGUGUGUUGCUCCCGUCUCCGACGAGAGAGGCGGCGACGGUGGCGUCUGCGACGGGAGACAGCGCGUCGGAGCGAGAAAGCGCCGCGCCUGCCGCCGCCCCAACAGCGGAGGCGCCGCCGCCGCCAUCGGUCGUCACCCGGCCGGAACCGCAGGCCCUCCCGAGCCCGGCCAUCCGUGCCCCGCUUCCCGACCUCUAUCCAUUUGGGACCAUGCGCGGAGGCGGCUUCGGGGACCGGGACCGAGACCGGGAUCGUGGCGGAUUUGGAGCAAGAGGUGGUGGUGGCCUCCCCCCGAAGAAAUUCGGUAACCCUGGGGAACGCUUACGUAAGAAGAAGUGGGAUCUGAGUGAGCUUCCCAAGUUUGAGAAGAACUUCUAUGUAGAACACCCUGAAGUGGCAAGGCUCACUCCGUAUGAAGUUGAUGAGCUACGACGAAAGAAAGAGAUUACAGUGAGAGGGGGAGAUGUCUGCCCUAAACCUGUCUUUGCCUUUCAUCAUGCUAAUUUCCCACAAUAUGUGAUGGAUGUGUUGAUGGAUCAGCACUUCACAGAACCUACUCCGAUCCAGUGCCAGGGAUUCCCAUUGGCUCUCAGUGGCCGGGAUAUGGUGGGCAUUGCCCAGACGGGCUCUGGCAAGACAUUGGCGUAUUUGCUCCCUGCAAUUGUUCAUAUUAACCACCAGCCAUACUUGGAAAGAGGAGAUGGCCCAAUUUGUCUGGUGCUGGCUCCCACCCGAGAGCUCGCUCAGCAAGUGCAGCAGGUAGCUGAUGACUAUGGCAAGUGCUCCAGGUUGAAGAGUACGUGCAUUUAUGGAGGUGCUCCUAAAGGUCCCCAGAUUCGCGAUCUGGAAAGAGGUGUGGAGAUCUGCAUAGCUACUCCUGGAAGACUGAUAGAUUUUCUGGAGUCAGGAAAGACAAACCUUCGCCGAUGUACUUACCUUGUGCUGGAUGAGGCUGACAGGAUGCUUGAUAUGGGCUUUGAACCCCAGAUCCGCAAAAUUGUUGAUCAAAUCAGGCCCGAUCGGCAGACACUGAUGUGGAGUGCAACGUGGCCAAAGGAAGUGCGACAGCUUGCAGAGGACUUCCUCCGCGACUACACCCAGAUCAACGUUGGCAACCUGGAGCUGAGCGCCAACCACAACAUCCUUCAGAUUGUGGAUGUCUGCAUGGAGAGUGAGAAAGACCACAAGCUGAUUCAACUGAUGGAGGAAAUAAUGGCUGAAAAGGAAAACAAGACAAUAAUCUUCGUGGAGACAAAGAGACGCUGUGAUGACCUUACUCGCAGGAUGCGCAGGGAUGGUUGGCCUGCUAUGUGUAUCCAUGGAGACAAGAGCCAGCCAGAAAGAGACUGGGUCCUUAAUGAGUUUCGUUCUGGAAAGGCUCCCAUUCUCAUUGCCACAGAUGUAGCCUCCCGUGGGCUAGAUGUGGAAGAUGUCAAGUUUGUCAUCAACUAUGACUAUCCUAACAGUUCAGAAGAUUACGUGCACCGGAUUGGCCGAACAGCCCGGAGCACCAACAAGGGCACUGCCUAUACUUUCUUCACCCCAGGGAACCUAAAGCAGGCCCGAGAGCUGAUCAAAGUGCUCGAAGAGGCCAAUCAGGCCAUCAACCCAAAGCUGAUGCAGCUGGUGGACCACAGAGGUGGUGGCGGCGGAGGGGGAGGCCGAUCUCGAUACCGGACUACUUCUUCCGCCAACAACCCCAACCUGAUGUACCAGGAUGAAUGUGACCGGAGGCUUCGAGGCGUCAAAGAUGGUGGACGGAGAGACUCGGCGAGCUAUCGGGAUCGCAGUGAAACCGAUAGAGCCAGCUAUGCUAAUGGCAGUGGCUAUGGAAGUCCAAAUUCUGCCUUUGGAGCCCAAGCAGGCCAAUACACCUACAGUCAAGGCACCUAUGGGGCGGCUGCCUAUGGCACCAGUGGCUAUACAGCCCAGGAAUAUGGUGCCGGCACGUACGGAGCGAGUAGCACCACCUCCGCUGGGAGAAGUUCUCAGAGCUCUAGCCAGCAGUUUAGUGCCAUAGGCCGGUCUGGGCAGCAGCCACAGCCUCUGAUGUCACAACAGUUUGCACAGCCUCCAGGAGCUACCAACAUGAUAGGUUACAUGGGGCAGACAGCCUACCAGUACCCUCCCCCUCCCCCACCCCCUCCUCCCUCCCGGAAAUGAGCCAUCUGGGCUGAAUACUCCCACAAGCUAAUAACAUCUAAAGGAAUGCUGUCUUUUCUUUUUUCUUUAUCUCUGCUCUUCCAUACUUUUUGUUUUUCUAUUUUUUUCCCCCUCCCAACCAUGGUGAUGGUCUUGUCAUGCAGAUUAGUUAGAAUUCACUGCCAGGUUUCUUCUGCCCACCAAAAGAGUGAUCCAGUCUUCAGUAACAGAUUUUGUAAAAAGAAUAUAUAUAUGUCUGACUGGAAGAGAUUAAUUCCCCCAACUUGCAUGUUGAGGAUAUUUGAGUUACUUUUCAUCCUAAAACGUACACUUAAUGGCCCUUUUGGGGGAGCCCUGAGUUAGGGAGGGGGAAGGGCUGACUUGGGCAGGAGCAGAAGGAUGGCAUCUGUGCUCUAAAUUGCUCUCAGAACAGAGUUAGGAAGCCAAGAGGGAUUUCCCACAAUGGGUUUACUGUUACUCAAGUUUGAUCGGGGGUCCUCAGGCCCAUAUGACUUAAGACACUGCCUCGUUAUUGCCAUUUUGGCUGAUGGCUUAAGUACAUUUGACAGCUAAACAUUUUUAAUUUGUCUCCCACUGUCUUUUCUCCCUUCUCAGUUACUAAAAAAAUAACCAAUUUAAUGUCAGGUUAGAAAUUGAAUUUGCUUUGUAAGUAGAUGUUUUUAAUUUAAAACCACCAGUUUAUGGUAUUGGUUUGGCAUCUGGGCAAAAAGCUGCCUGUUUUUCUUCCCCAUGCAACCAGGGACCAUCUAUGAGAUUCACUUUCUAGCCAGGCUGCUGUGAGCAAAUGAAUAUACGCACAUGCUCACAGACAUGCAUUCACCUGCAGUAUAAAAAGCACCUUUCAUUACAAACAAUACUCAAAGUGGGCAGAUGUCUUGUAAACUCAGUAUUUGUAGAAGUAGAAUGAGAGCACCUGCCGGCCGCUCUGCCCAUUUGACCACGUUCCCCUGAGCAAGAUUCCCGGCGCGGGGCUCCGCUGGCCUGCAGUACGCUCUGCACAGGUACGUCGUGCCUAGGACACGUCCUGGGGGUCUUUUUUUGCCUCCAUGCAAAGGUAGGUGAGUUCACCCCCUGCUAGAGGUACUGCCUUGCCCGCUGCCAGCAGCAGCCGAUGGUCCUGGAGAGCGGUCUCUGCUCCUGUGUUCAUCCUGCCGGGGCAGGGCCACAGCCAGUCGGCUCCAGAGCCUCCGCCCUGGCCGUGCAGCCGCAGCGCUGCAUCUCAGUGCAGUUAGGAGGGCACACCAGCCGCCUUCCUGGGCUGUAGCUUUAGAGUGCUUGCUGGUUUGUAACACCGGACUACUAAGAUGCUCUCUUGAGGAUUUUGUUUUUGUUUUCCCUUUUUAAAAAAAUCCUUCAGGGAGAGAAGGGAUGGUUUCUGAGGGGUUCUCAAAGUAUGAUUCAAUGUGCAACAGAUACAGGUAGGUUGUCAGCAUAAGCUGAAAUUGUGCAUGUAAAAACUUGGGCAACCUUUUUAAUUUUCCAAUUCCCUUUUUUCUUUGUUCCCCAUCUUGUAUAGAAGCUGAGGCCCGGUGGGGAGGACAGUAGGCAUAGAAGAAACGUUAAACUGCUCUGUGCUUGCAACCAAAGUGCGGUUUCUCUGCUCCCAAAACAAACAUGUCUAAGCACUGGCCAUGCUGUUGUGGCCAUCUCUGCAGCUGCAUUCAGGUUUUUUCCUGCUCAGUAGAUUAGGUCCUACUCUAUGCUCUUAGACGCAUUCGUUUCCAGGGACAGGUUUCGCGAGCGGUGGUAUAGUAUCGGGAUCGCUUGCCCUCCCUCUUCACUGAGGGUGUCGUGAACGGAAAGCAGCAGUAUAGUGGCCAUUGCAAGAGCUCUUGGUGGCCUGAGCAUAGCUGAAGGGUAGCUGAGUUGUCACUGUUCCAGGGUGGCUUUGUCUGCUUCCAUGUCUGUCAUUGAGGUUGUGCGCUUGGGUUGAGAACAGGAGGGGUGAGUCCUGGUUGGCUGGUGGUUAGUGGAAAGGGCUUCAGUAUUAAGCCAGGGGCUGCUGCUCCCCAUCCCUCCCCAACAGUUUCUCGUGCAGACCUCUCUCAACUCAAAGGUUGGUGGCUUUUGCUUGGGAUCAGUGCUCUCUCCUCAUGUCCUUGCUGGUCUCUGAACACAUUCCUGUCGCAUUAAGACUUGAAAGAUUUGUAGGCGUGUGAUGUUGAGGCACAGGAGGCUAAGAGCAAUGUUACUAUUCUUAGUUUGUAAAUUGUCCUUUUGAUACCAUCUUGUUUCCUUUUGUAGGUAUAAAUAAAACACUUGACAAUAA